AUGACCAAGAAAACGGCAGAAGAAACUUCUAUGGACAUGAACGAAUUACGCAACCUCCUCGUCGAGAUGCAAACCGCAACUCAAACCUCCAUUCAGCAACAAGGCGACACGUUAACUACAGCAACGGUUGAAGUAACGGCAAGUCUUACUGCCCUCACGACCAUGUUAACUACUCGCUUGGACCUGCAGGCCCAUCCAAUCGGUGCAGCUCCACAACCCGUGCAACAUCAUCCUCUACAACAACUUCGUCAACAACAACAACCACUUCCACCUAUCCAGGCUCCUCUGCGACAGGACCAACAACGAUUUCCCCAUCACCACCAGCUUGGUGUUGCCCGAGCUCGCGACUUAUAUGAAGAAGAAGAAGAGGAUCAUCGACGAGUUUAUCGAGAAGAUUUACGGCAGCGAGAUAACACUACUAAUCGUUGGGAAAACAGUUUUAAGGUUGACAUUCCCGAAUUUCAUGGAGGACUUAAAGGAGAUGAUCUCAUUGACUGGUUGAUUUCGGUAGAGGAGAUUCUCGAAUUUAAACAAGUGCCUCCCGCAAGAAGAUUCUCGCUCGUGGUUAUGCGUUUUCGCGGACAUGCUGCAACAUGGUGGAAACAGCUUAAAACCACACGUUCUCGUACUGGUAAACAGCCAAUCCAAUCAUGGGAAAAGUUGACAAAACACUUGCGCCAAACAUUCUUACCUCAUAACUACGAACGGACCAUGUAUACACGGCUCCAGAAUCUGCGCCAAGGAACGCGUAGUGUUGACGAUUAUGCCGAAGAAUUUGCUAUGCUCUUAACGCGCAAUGAGAUUAAUGAUAGCCAAAUUCAGCUGGUUUCUCGCUUCAUUGGCGGUUUACUACCUCACCUACAGACAUCUAUGGCUCAAUUUGAUCCUUCUACUAUUGGAGAAGCACAUCGUCGUGCAUCUUCGUUCGAGCAGCAGUCAAAAUCUUCAAACUGGAAUCCUUCCCCAUCACGUGCGCGUACGUCUGACCACACCGCAAACACCACCCCGUCUAACAACUCUAAAGAUGCAGGCGAGACAAGCAGCUCUUCUACUAAACCACCAACACCAGAAGAACAACAACUACGACGGUCUACACGUCCAAACGCCUUGCGUUGCUACUCUUGUGGUGAACCGGGUCAUCGCCAAACAGCUUGCCCACACACCACACGACGAGGGUUAGUCUUAGACGAGCCUCUUAUUGAGCAGGAAGUUUAUGAUUCUCAGGAAGAAGAUGACGAUGACACCACAGUCCACCAGACUACAGGCGAUACAGGGCAUCUUCUUGUUCUUCAGCGCUCUUGUCUUACUCUUCAACGAAACGACGAACAGUGGCUGCGGACGAAUAUUUUUAAGUCUACUUGCACAAUUAAGAACCGCGUCUGCAGUUUUGUGAUUGAUUCUGGAAGUUGCAGGAACGUGAUCUCCGAUGAUGCUGUUACUAAGUUGGGCCUGAUACGAGAAACACAUCCGUCGCCAUACACGCUAAAUUGGCUCAACAACGCUGCUACUGUGCGUAUCACGCAACGAGCUCUGGUCGCGUUCUCCGUUGGUCAAUAUUACCAAGAUCAAAUCUACUGUGAUAUUGCACCUAUGGAUAUCAGUCACUUAUUACUUGGUCGUCCAUGGGAAUUUGACCGCAAAAUCAUACAUAAUGGAGCAGACAAUACAUACCAGUUUACCUGGAAUACACAAAAAAUUUUGCUCUUACCAACCAAAGAAAUCACUGUUCCAAAAUCUCCAGCACCAGACGUCCAAAGCAAUAACCUCAUGUGUUCUUACUCAACUUUUCUCUCCGAGCUCCGACUGGAAGGACGCGCUUUCGCUCUUCUUCCAUCUUCCUCGUCACCAACGCUACCAUCUCAACUCAGCCCUUCCUUAGCCGCAUUACUUAAGGAAUUUGAUGAUGUUUUCCCUACAGAGUUGCCUACAAAACUCCCUCCAUUACGAGAAAUACAACAUCAGAUUGACUUGGUUCCCGGCGCAACGCUACCUAACAGACCACACUAUCGGAUGAGUCCAACGGAACACGAAGAACUGCGACGCCAAGUAGAGGACCUCCUGCGUAAAGGUCACAUUCGUGAGAGCCUUAGCGCUUGUGCAGUUCCAGCCCUUCUGAUACCUAAGAAAGAUGGGACAUGUCGUAUGUGCGUAGAUAGUCGGGCAAUCAAUAAGAUAACUAUUUGUUAUCGCUUUCCAAUCCCGCGUUUAGACGACUUGUUGGAUCAAAUUGGUACGUCCAAAAUAUUCUCCAAGAUUGAUCUUAAAAGUGGCUACCAUCAGAUAUGA